AUGGAGAGUUACGAUGAGUGCGAGUUACAAGUGUUGGUGCCUCGAGGGCGAACGACACAAGAGAGGACAUUGUUGCUUUCUUUAGAGAAGACAGUAGGAGAUUUAGCAGCAACAAUAGCAGCAGCAAAUGGCUCCCAGCAGCAGCAGCAGCAGCAGCAGCAGCAGCAGCAGGAAGAAGAAGAAAAUAGUAGGAAAUUUACUUUGUUGGAUUCUUAUGGCAAAGUAUUAAACCCUAAAAAGAGUUUAGGUGAAUAUGGUGUAAAGCCUGAGCAGCAGCAGCAGCAAGAGUUGCUGCAGCAGCAGCAGCAGCAGCAGCAACUGCAGCAGCAGCUGCUACUAGCAGAUUGUCCCCUUUCUCUACCUCAAUUAGAGGUGUCUCCUCCUCCUCCUCUCCCUCCUUUCUUUCUUCUUCCUCUUCCUCUUCCUCCUCCUCUCCGUCUUUGUCUUAUUCAGGCAGCUAAUGGACUCACUGAUGUCCGUAAACCCUAA